CCCCGCCGGUCCAUCCAGGAACUGGGGGCGGGCUCCAGAAACUGUUCCAGGCCGGCCUGCCAGACGGUGCGGAGUCGCCUCCUCCUCCCACAGAACGUGCCCAGGCAAGGCCAGGAAGUCGCUCGCCAUGUCAGCUGCGGAGGCGGGGGAUGUUUUCCACAGAGCCCGGGGUAGGACCCUGGACGCAUUUCCCUCAGAAAAGGAAAGGGAAUGGAAAGGCCCAUUCUACUUCAUCCAAGGUGCAGACCCGCAGUUUGGGCUGAUGAAGGCCUGGUCCACUGGGGAUUGUGACAAAGGCGGAGAUGAGUGGGACCAGGAGAUCCGUCUCACUGAGCAAGCUGUUGAGGCCAUCAACAAGCUGAACCCCAAACCCAAAUUCUUUGUUCUCUGUGGUGACCUCAUCCACGCCAUGCCAGGAACUCCCUGGCGGGAAGAACAAACUAAGGACUUGCAGCGAGUACUGAGGGCUGUUGAUCAGGACAUCCCACUGGUGCUGGUCAGUGGCAACCAUGACUUGGGCAAUGUCCCAACAGCCGAGACUGUGGAGGAGUUCUGCCAGACGUGGGGAGAUGACUACUUCAGCUUCUGGGUCGGGGGCGUCCUGUUCCUGGUGCUCAACUCCCAGUUCUUGUACGAUGCCUCCAGGUGCCCAGAACUGAAGCAGGCCCAGGACCGCUGGCUGGACCAGCAGCUGAGCAUCGCGGAGCAGCAGCAGUGCCAGCAUGCCAUUGUCUUCCAGCACAUCCCUCUGUUCCUGCAGAGUAUUGAUGAGGAUGAUGACUACUUCAACAUCACCAAGACCGUGCGGAAGGAGUUGGCAGACAAGCUCACCAGAGCAGGUGUCAGAGCUGUGUUCUCAGGCCACUACCACAGGAAUGCCGGGGGAACCUACCAGGACCUCGACAUGGUGGUUUCAUCUGCCAUCGGGUGCCAGCUAGGCAAAGACACCCACGGGCUCCGCGUGGUGGUCAUCACUGCCGAGAGAGUCGUUCACCGCUACUACAGUUUAGACGAGCUGAGCAAGAGAGGACUCGAAGACGACCUGAAGGAGCUAUUGAAGGAGUGAUUCCCCCCACAUAACCCACCUUCCAUUUUGCCAGAAUAUUCCCAGCCCCUUAUAGAAAUGCCUGAGUAGACAGGCAGCUUUGUGAGCUAUGUCCUUUUACAUAAAUCAAAGUGCUGAGUCCUAUUCUUAAUUAUAUUUUUAAAAAAACAAAAACAAAAACAAA